ACUUUGAGCAUGUGUAUAUAUAGUCUGUGUGUGGAAAAUAAAUGUAGUAUAUGAAUCAUUGCGAUAAUAUAUUUUGUGCAAUUAAAUGUUCAUUAACAUUUUUGCAGGGUUUUUUUAAUCAAUCUUACCUUAGUCUAGUCUAGUCAUUGGGGCAGCCAUCUUCAAUACAACAUUAUCCAUGUGAUUAUAGCAGGAUUUACAACACAAGCAGACUACAUCAAGAGAACAAGAAUUAAAACAUAUACAAGAAUUUGAGCAAAAACUUAAUAUGCAAGAAAACUAUGAAAUCAAAGUAAUGAGGAUGCAGAAAAAUUUAAUGAAAUUGCAAAUUAAUGAAUUGAAAUCUCAAGAAAAUGAAGAAAUACAUAGUAAUAUUGAAACAACAAAAAGUAAAGUUUCUUCAAAAGAAGAAAAUGAAUUUAAAAAUAAAUCACCAAAUGUGCAUAAAAACUAUACAGAAAAUAAUUCAGUAAAUAAUUUUAUUAGAACUAAAACUUACAAUAAUGGUUACAGGAAAACUGGAUAUGAGAAUCAUUACCUACACUCUAAACAAAGUUAUUUUGAAAGAGGUAGAAGAGGCCAGAGAGGUUCCAGAAUAGCUACAAGAGUUAAUAAUUAUCGUGGAAGAUACAGAGGAAGCAAUAGAGAAAGAUUUCCUAGUAGAAGAGAUAUGGAAGACAUGAAUUAUCGUCCAGGAUUCAAGAGAGAAAACCCCAGAGAUAUUAACAGUGAUGAUGGAUUAAUAAAUCGCCAGUCUGUUCUUGAAUUAGUUCCUGCAACUGAAGAAGAAGAAGAAGAAAUGCUUAGACAGGCAGUUCAGCUUAGUAAACAACAGAUGUUUAUUGAAAGACUUCAGAAAAAACAACUUGAAAAAGUUUUACAAAAUGAUAUAGGAAUUUCUGAAUCACUACCAAAUGUUGCAGAAGAUAAGAGAGAGAAACAAGAAAUUCAUCCUUCCAGUUCCAAUAACAGAGAUUUUAAUUUAUCUGAAAAUAAUAAUAAAUUUCAAAAACAGUUUAAAAACGAAGAUUCUCACAAUGAAUAUAAAAGUAAGUAUUUAGAAAAUGGGAACUGUUCUAGAAGCCCUAGAUCACCUAAUUCUUAUCCUUCAAACAGUAAAUACAGAAAUAAUUAUACUAAUAAUGUAAUUCAAAACCAUCAAAGAAAUAAUACUCGAAAACAUGUGGACGACACUACAAUUUCCAACAGAUUAUUUAUAAGUUCAAUAAGAUCCAUAAAACAAUCGAACGAAUCAAAAUCUUUCAAUUCGUCACUUAAAAUAUCUUCCUCAGAAAGGACAAAAUCAACACACAAAGACGAUUGGAAUAGUAUUGCAUCAAAAGAUUUGAAAACUAUGCUUCAUAUUGGUAGCACUAAUGAUGAUAAAAUAAAUUUUAAGAAAGAAGCAAAAUAUUUAAAUGAAAUAGAAUUUAGUACUACCUCAAAUUCCAACAAUGAAUCCUCAGGAAAAGAAUAUCAAAACACUAAAAGCGAAAAAGAAAUUAAAUAUGAUCAUUGGAAUAAGUAUAGAGAACAAAGAAAUUCAACAUAUCACUUUAAUAAAUAUAAUGCCAAUUUUUCUUGCAUAAGAGGCGGCAUGCACAGGAUGAGAAAUAAUCAGCGGCAUUAUGGAGCCAGAGGUGGCAGAAAUUAUCACUCGACGUAUUCAAACGCUAAUGAGUUGGAAUGGAAACCAUACAGUAAACAAGUCGAAGAGGGUAGGUUCGAUAAUGUUCCUCCAAGAUUUAAAAGAAUGAUGAAUAACAGAAAUGUUACAGAAAAAUAAACAGUUAUAUAUUACUUUACUGUGCUUAUUAUUAUUUACAUACAUAUUUGUUAUAUCAGUACAAAUUUCAAUGUACCGAAAGAAGAAUUUUUACUUUAGUUAAGGAGAUAGUUAUCAAAAGAAAAGUGGUGAUUAUUAUAUAAUCUAGUUUGCCAGCAUAAUAAUGCAUUUUGUUGUUGUUCUAUAUUAAUAUAAAUAAUUUUUUCAUUAGUGAGGUACUGAAAUCUGCAAUUAAAAGUUAAGAGUUUAUACUGUUUAAUAAAAUGUUUAUCAUUAAUAUAAAUAUUUCUUGCAGCAGUCUUUUCAGUUAGAUCUCUGCAG